AUGCACGACGGCCAGAUUUUGUCUUCUCGAAGUCAAAGUCAAAAUCAAGACCAAAAUCAAAAUCGUAAUUACAGUCACAGCCACUACCGUCCGAGCACGUCGCACUCUUCUGUUACGCCUUCAGCAACAGCAGCCAACGUUGCCGUUGCCGUUGCUGUUGUGCCGCCUUGGGCUUUACCUGCCAAUCCGUCCUCUACAAUACCCGCUUCCGUAUCGACUAAAUCACACUAUUAUCGCGACCCGUCGAGAUCUGCGCCUUCGCCUUCUCCCUCGCUAAUAAACGCUUAUCCUCAUCACAAACCCCCGGGGCCCCGUCUUCCUCGAACAUCUUCACUUCUUCCACCGCCCCGUAUCGAACCCUCGCCGAGAGCUGCAACUUUCGAGAGAUCGGAUCGCUUAUCGCCCACUCCUGGCCAACAAGUCCCCCACAACGCCGCCGACAGCUCUUGGUUGUUGAAUCGUCUGUCUUCUUCAACUGUGUCCACGAAUUUCAGUCGUGCUCCGGCAGAAUCUCCCCGCGCCAACCACUCGCGACUCGGCAACAGCCCCGGUAUCGAUGCGACCACUCCUAUUGACAACUCUCCACCGCCAUCCAAACCAUCGCCUCGGAAACUCCGAAAGAACUACCGCCCAAACACUUCUCUCUUCAACGUCGACGCUUUUGCAUCUGGGCAGCGAGAGGAAAGAAGCCAGUUACCGCAAUCCCUCCCAUUAAUCGUCACUUUAUCACCCCUGGAGCCGCCUGCCGCGUUCGGCUCUCUACUUAACGGCGAAUCUGAAGGGGCUGGCCCUGGCUCUGGUCUUAGUGAGCCUGGGGGAUCAAAGGUCGCCCGCCAAGAGGGACAGUCCCUGACGAAACUCAAUACACAAGGCUCUCCAGCACAGUCCGCCACAUCGACACCAGCUAGCGUGCGCUCAAUGGCUUCAUAUAGACCCAACAUGCCUUACGACCAGGACCCAGAGGUCUACGCGACCCAAAGAGGCCAUUCCAGAGGUCGAUCAAAGGGCAGCAAUGAAAAAGUGCGCGUGGCCAAACCGCCAUCCCAGAAAGCUAUGCUACAUCGUGCUCUACAAAAAGCGAAUACUGCGGUACAAUUAGAUAAUGCACAGAACUUCACGGGUGCAAGAGAGGCGUAUGCGGAAGCUUGCGACCUACUGCAGCAAGUAUUGCAAAAGACAACAGGCGAUGAGGAUAAGCGCAAGCUAGAGGCAAUUCGACGCACUUAUACUAGUAGAAUUGAUGAGUUGGACCAGAUGGCACCUUGGCAAGAAGAGGAAACCAAGGCUCUCCCAGCCCGUCCCGAAAGUUUGGCGCAACGUUCUGAGUCUGAGUCUGUGUUAAGGCUAGAUGACGAUGACGACCUCGAAGAUGCCAACGUCUACGAUACCGCAACGACUACGCGAGUAGAUAGCCAUAGUCCUCAGCCCCGACUGAUGAAUUCACCGCCACGAGACGAUAACUCUGGCUAUAAGAGACGAAGCACGCAGAACAAGCCACAGCCGAUUGUCACAACACUCACUCCAGAGCCCGGGCUUCUCCAGUCAUCUUUCUCACGCUCGCCGGUCCGUCUCCGAACACCCGAGCAUCUUCUGCAACGACCUGUACCAGAACAAUAUAUGCCAGCUCCACUCUCACCGAGACGCCCAGCAUCCCCAGUCAAACCUGACCUCGAUGAUAUGGAUGAGCCUAUGCGAUCCGACUUUUCAAUGAGCCAUGACCAGCUUGCGGAUCCAUUGCCUGAACAUAAUACGUCGCACACUCAUUUUCGGGAGGACAGCAUGAACUCUUGGUUGGACCCUAUCGAUGAGUCUGGAGGCUCGACUUCAUCGUCCCUUCACUCACGCACGUCGUCACUUGGUUUUAGAAGAAAACAUAUUCGGGGCGUAAGCGGAGAGACCGAGGCCGAAUUCGACACAGCGUUAGACGCAGCGAUUGAUGCGGCAUAUGGUGAUGAAUACGAGCUGAUGAGUCCAAUGGAAAAUGAACGAAUGAUGUCAACAGAUUCUGGCGAAGAGGUUGUGGCCAAUGCCAUGCGCAAAGUUGAGCUUGCUCGUCAACGAGUGAGAGAGACUGGACAGGAAGUUUAUGAAUUAGAGAGGGAUUCGCGAGCCCAACAACAAUACCAACCUUCCUAUGACGAGUAUCAAGGUGCAACCAACGACUUUUACGACGAUAACUCAUCCGACGAAGAAGAGAGGAUCCUGGACGAGAUUGCUCGUGAUUACGGCCUCGAGUCAUACAGAAAUCGACCACCACCUCGAGAAUCCGACUCGAGCGGCGUGACUUCGCGUACCUGGCAUAGCUCACAGGGAUCGAACCCUCCUACAGGGGCCACCUCUCUAUCUACAGUUACAGAAAUGCCGCCACACAUGAAAAACAUUCCACAGGCACCAGCUGCCCCUCCGCCAACACAAUCUCUACCCGAGAUACCUCAACGACCGGGAUCGUCUGCGCAAAGCGUGCGCAAUCGGAGACUCUCGGGGCAGAACCCGAAACAACUCAAAAUCGAAACGUCAAAGCUGGCCCUUCCUCUGCAAAGCCAUGUCGACCAAGCGAAAUCAGCCCCUAUCAGCGGCCAAGGAGUAGAUGCCCAGCCUGGUAUCGAUAUGGGAAUAACGAAUGCACCUCAUAGACAACCUACGCCCCCAUUAUUUGAGGCGAGUCCCACAGACACGACAGGAGUUCGACCUACAGCAUCUCCAUUCGGCCAAUUAGGCUCGGAAAAGGGCGACGAUGAUGUUACUCUCUCACCUAAUGCUCGGAAGCUGAGGAAGAACUUUUCGUCUUCAAGCCUUCGAAGCAUGAAGAGUCGCAACAUGUCUUUGACUCAUUUAGAGGAAAACUCGGAUGUAUCUCCUGGAACUCCAGGAAGCAACCCUUUUGCAUCUCUCAAUGCCCCAUCAGUCCCGGCUUUGCCUACGCCUCUUGCCACUAGCUUCCGAGAGCGAUCAGAAACAAAUGCAGCCGGCCUCUCUCUGUUUGACGAUUACUUCCACUCCCCAACAAGCCCUACUUCGCCCAACCCGCUUAUUCCGGAUCUUCCAGCUCCUCUUGAGCCAUGCCCUACCGAUCUCAUGCUCCGACCAUUCUGGUUGAUGCGAUGUCUCUAUCAGACUCUGGCUCACCCAAGGGGUGGUUACAUUAGCAGCAAGCUCUUUGUAUCUAGGGAUGUCUGGAGGGUGAAGGGAGUGAAACUCAAGAAUAUUGAGGAUAAGGUGGCCAAUUGUGAUUUCCUGACAGCUGCUCUGCUCAAAAUUGCGCGGGUCGAUACUUAUGACGCGGACGCAGUCUUGGAGGAGAUGCAGUCUUUGGAGGGAAUUCUUGAGCAGGUUCAAACAGCAUUGAGCCGCAAGUUAGGCAACGAAGUCGGCGUGAGCGGCUCUGGAGCACUAUUCAAAGACGCAUCUACUGGCGAUGGGGAUGCGUCCACAGGCGUGCCACGGUCAGCCAGUGUUUCUGGGAAAUCAUCCUUCUCAUGGCGACGUCUGCGUUCCAAGAAUUCCGCGGUUGGACUCGGUAACUCUUACUUGAGCCGCGUGACAACGGAUUUGAACAAGGAGGCUACCAGCAUUGCCAGUCUGCCGAUGACACCAACUCCAACGAACCGACCGACCAAGCGGGAUCUGACGCAGGUCCAAUUCUCAGGUCCCAACGCAAUGUAUAUGAGCUCAUUAGCACGCCUGUUUGAUGCAGCUCAAGCUAUUGAUCAAAUAGCUAGACAAGUGGAAGAUCCUGGAUUGCGACAUGCCGACAAGACGCAAGUUGGGCUUGAAUUAUGCACUCGACAUGCUGCUGAGUUCUUCGGAUUUUACGUGUGCAGGUUCGUCCUGUCAGACUUGGGGCUUUUGCUCGACAAGUAUCUGAAGCGUGGAAGUGAAUGGGUUCUCACAUGA